UAAGCUUUAGUUGGGGAAACAGUUACAUUGCGAAUUGUUUGUGGUAUGAUGUAAAGUGUUUUUCAAAGACAGGAAGUUUGUUAAAUUAAGUCUAAAGUUUAUCGACAAGUGUGCAAGACACAUUUGUUGUUGAAAUAAGAUUAAAUCGUUCUUCGCAAAAGAGUUAUUUUAGUGAUUUCAUGAUGUCUAUGAGUUCUUCGCAAGUAAAGGAAAACAACAUGGCCGGCACAGGUUCUGGUUGGCCGAGGAGGAACAGCCAAAACUCAAAUCCCGGCUCAAGAGCAGUGACGGCUACAUCAACAUUCGAACAGAAAUAUUCCUCUGCAGCCCUAAAUAGAAUCAUCAACCUUUAUCCUCUGACAAAUUACACUUUUGGAACAAAGGAACCACUGUUCGAGAAAGAUCCCAGUGUUCCAGCUAGGUUCCAGAGAAUGAGAGAUGAAUUUGAACGCAUUGGAAUGAGGAGGAGCGUAGAGGGGGUUUUGUUGGUCCAUGAACAUGGUUUACCUCAUGUGCUACUGCUUCAGUUGGGAACAACCUUUUUCAAAUUACCAGGUGGUGAACUUAAUCCAGGUGAAGAUGAGGUUGAGGGUCUAAAAAGAUUAAUGACAGAGACGUUGGGCAGACAGGACGGAGUUAAGCAGGAGUGGUUAAUCGAGGACAUCAUCGGCAAUUGGUGGAGACCCAACUUUGAGCCACCGCAAUAUCCAUACAUACCAACACAUAUAACUAAACCUAAGGAACACAAGAGAUUGUUCUUAGUGCAACUACAGGAAAAAGCUCCUUUCGCAGUACCAAAAAAUUACAAGCUAGUUGCGGCACCUCUGUUUGAGUUGUAUGAUAAUUCACAAGGAUACGGACCGAUAAUUUCGUCACUUCCACAAGCGCUGUGCAGAUUUCAGUUUAUCUACAUGUAGUGGAGAGUACAAAGAAUGAGUGUUGUGUAACAUGAUGGUGUCAUUUAUGAUUUUCUAAAACAAUGAUUACUAAGAUCUCCCGAAGAAUUCGUCAUUUCUAUAUUAGAAAUACAUUUAUCAUGUACAAAACAGACAAAUCAUAACUUUAACAUAAUGCAUAACACGUAUAAGAUUAAAUAGUUAUUUAUUUGCAUAUGUUUUCCUUUCUUUGAUGUACAUAUUUUAUAAUAAGAAUCAUCGAUUUUAAUUUACAUAAUUUUAGUUCCGUUUUUGUAAGUUAAGGACAUUUCAUGGGAACAAGGACGACAGAACUGUUCCUGAUUUUUUAAUAUUUUUUUUCUCAUUAUUUUGUUUUG